AUGCCAGAGGGAUGGAAUAUCUCUUCUGACAGCCUGGAGCUUCAAGCAGCAGGGAUUAUUGUGCCCAUCAUCUUCUCCCUCAUCUUCCUUGUGGGUACUGUGGGGAAUGGGCUGGUGCUGGCUGUGCUGCUGCAGAAUGGCCAAGUCAAGUACACCACCACCAACCUCUUCAUCCUUAACCUGGCUGUGGCAGACUUGUGCUUCAUCAUCUGCUGUGUCCCUUUCCAGGCCACCAUUUACACCUUGGAUGGGUGGCUCUUUGGGGCCUUUGCCUGCAAGGCUGUGCAUUUCCUGAUCUACCUCACCAUGUAUGCCAGCAGCUUUACCCUGGCUGCCGUCUCCAUUGACAGGUACUUGGCCAUUCGCUAUCCACUGAAGUCCCGUGACCUCCGCACCUCCCAAAACGCAGGAGUGGCCAUUGCAGCAAUCUGGUCACUGUCGCUGCUCUUCGCAGGGCCUUACCUCAGUUACUACCAGACAAUCCACUACCACGGUAUGCCCAUCUGUGUCCCCAUCUGGGAGGACCAGCGCCGAAAGGUUCUGGACAUCCUCACGUUUGUCUUUGGAUACCUCCUGCCCGUGACCGUGGUGAGCCUGGCGUACAUUAGGACCGUCAAGUUCCUGUGGACCUCCGUAGACCCCAUAGAAAGAAUCUCAGAGUCCCGGAAGGCCAAGCGUAAGGUCACCAAGAUGAUUGUGGCUGUGGCCAUCCUGUUCUGCCUCUGCUGGCUGCCCCACCACCUGGUCAUCCUCUGCUUCUGGUUUGGCCACUUCCCCUUCAACCGAGCCACUUACAUUUGCCGCCUGGCUUCCCACUGCCUGUCGUACACCAACUCCUGCCUCAACCCCAUUGUCUACGCCCUCAUCUCCAAGCAUUUCCGCAAGCGUUUCAAGCAGGUCUUCACCUGCCUCUUCUUCCAGAACAAGACCAGGAAGAAGAAGAAGAGAGUUGGAAGGAAAUUCCAUAUGGUCAAUGUGGACAGAGGUUUCAUCAACAGCACCAGAGGUUUCUAUGGAGGCAACACUGAGGUGACCCAGGUCCCAGAAGACACCAGGAAGAGGGACCAUGAAGGUGCCAGUCAUGCCAGAGCAUGGACUCAGCAGCUUCCAGAUGCCAUGGUCUCUGUUAAAAAGGGGAUACUGGAGGAGGAACAUUUGGCAACAGCUUGCCAUUCCCUAAACAUGACCACUUUAAGAGGAACUCAGGAGUUUCUGACUGUUCACCACAGAUGAACUAAGUGAAGAAACACAUUUUCCAGACUGUGAGUAGCCACUCUAUUCCCAAACAGGCCAAAUAAUGUGAGGCAGAGGGGAAUGGAUGCAGCAGAGCCACCAAAAGAUCCUGUGGCAAUGGUAAACCCAUUGCCCCAUUCACCUUCACUCGCUGGCCCACAGCAUUCACCUAGGAAUGUCACAAUCCACCUAACCAGAUGCAGAAUAGAAGGACAUGUUAAUAUGAUGUCAAGUGACCUGAGCAGCAUUCCUGCAACACAUUUUAAGGACUCCAUUUCCCAACCUCCUAACUUGCUAAUUUUGUGCAACGACUUGAAACUCUGAGAGGGAGGAAACCAAAAUGAAAAUAUCCUGGUAGGAAAUCCAGGCUGUUAAGGUCACAUCAGAGCAUGGGUGGGAAGGGUGGAGUUCACAGGGACCUGAGUCUGAAAAGAGUAGCUGGAAGCCUCUCUUCCUGAGAGUCCCAAGUGGAGAAACACUGUCCCCUGCCCACAUGCCCUUCUUUUCCUAUGUGCCAGGGGCAGCCUUCAUCCAUCUCUGCCCCCUUCCCUCGCCUCUGCAUCCAGAUCAAAGGAUCUUUGCCAGUACUGAA